AUUUUCCUGCGUUGGCAAGGCAAUUCUUUCUCGUCUUCUCUUGUUGCCAUAUAGAUCAUAAAUGUUCGCCUGCCUGCGUUGGAAUUGGUAAGACGAGAUGGCGGAUCAGAACUCGAAGGGCGAAGAUUUCGUUCAGAAGGCGGAGAAGAAGCUAUCGGGAUGGGGAAUCUUCGGAUCCAAGUACGACGACGCCGCCGAUUUGUACGAGAAGGCCUGCAAUUGCUUCAAGCUCGCCAAAAACUGGGAUAGAGCUGGCUCUGUGUAUAUUAAACUUGCUAUCUGCCAUUUGAAGUUAGAAAGCAAGCAUGAAGCUGCCUCUUCUUAUGUUGAUGCAGCAAAUUGUUACAAGAAAAUCUCAAUUCAAGAUGCAACAGAGUCAUUAAACCAAGCUGUCAACAUUUUCUUGGAGAUUGGUAGACUAAACAUGGCUGCAAGAUAUUGCAAGGAGCUUGGUGAGUUAUAUGAGCAAGAACAGAAUCCGGAGAAGGCUAUUGAGUACUUUGAACGAGCUGCUGAUCUAUUUCAAAGUGAGGAAGUGACAACUUCUGCUAACCAAUGUAAUCAAAAGGUUGCACAACUAGCUGCUCAACUAGAACAAUACCCUAAGGCAAUUGAAAUAUAUGAAGCAAUUGCGAAACACUCAAUCAAUAAUAAUCUUCUCAAGUAUAGUGUUAAGGGGAUUCUUCUUAAUGCCGGAAUAUGCCAAUUGUGCAAAGGUGAUGUUGUUGCAAUUACAAACGCAUUAGAGAGAUAUCAGGAAAUCGAUCCUACUUUUUCAGGGUCAAGGGAAUGCAAACUUUUAUCUGCAUUAGCAGAUUCAAUGGAUGAGGAAGAUGUUGGGAAAUUUACAGAAGCCCUUCAUGAGUACGAUAGUAUGACGAGGCUGGAUGCUUGGAAAACCACACUUCUGUUACGCGUGAAGAAUGCCAUCAAACAAAAGGAAGAAGAGGAAGACGAUCUCACCUAAUUCAUUCCUACCAGAUAGUAAUAGGAUUGCCUUCAUCUUCGUCUGUACUCGCACAUACUAUAUCUCAGUACUCGCGCGUCGUCAUUCAUUGCUUGUUUAUGGUUGUCUUGGUUUGAAGAGAUUGGUUUGAGUGUACGAGGUUAAUACGUUCAGGUUGUGUGCAACUACUUACUCUUAACCCAGAAGACAGGCUAAAUUAUGUUCAACAAUACGGGUGGGCAUUUGCCGACUUGCUCCUAUUUCAACAUUUAAUUCUACAAUAA